AGAGCAGCGGUCUAGGGGGGAUUCAUUCAUGCACUCCAAAAUAAACGCCAACCGUACGAUACAUGACAUGACAUGACGCUCAACAGUCUGCCGAGGAGAGCUUUCAAGAGUUGAAGUUUUUGAAAAACAAAAUAAAAAGUUAUGGAUGCCCAGCAUGUGCCCAAAUCCGAGAACGACGACAUUGUUUCUCGCGAGAUAGAUUUCGUCACCUUGGGCAUGUUUAUUAUCGAUGAGAUAGAAUUCCUCCCACCAACGCCUCCGGUGAAGGACAUUCUCGGUGGCGCUGGUGCUUACUCGGCCUUAGGGGCACGGCUCUUUUCCCCGCCGCCACUCUCAACCUCUGUAGGGUGGAUUGUUGACAAAGGCUCUGACUUCCCGCCCGCCGUUGAGGAGCUUAUAUCUACUUGGGAGACCUCGGCACUAAUACGCCAUGAGCCCGAGCGCCUCACAACGCGGGGCUGGAAUGGCUAUGACGAACACGAGCAUCGUGCCUUCCGUUACACAACACCGAAGAAGCGUCUCACAGCCGAGGAUUUAACUCCGAAUUUACUUACGGCACGUUCUUUCCAUCUGAUUUGCUCGCCCGCGCGGUGCCGCGAGCUCGUGACUGAGAUCAAGGCGCGGCGGAGUGGGCUCUCCGGUCCCGACGGCUGCGCCCUGCCCAGACCUAUCUUCAUCUGGGAGCCGGUUCCGGACCUAUGUACGCCAGACGAGCUUCUCAAUUGCACCAAUGUGCUACCGCUCAUCGAUAUCAUCAGCCCGAACCAUUCGGAGCUGGCCGGUUUCAUGGGGGACUCCGGGCUCGACCCGGAGACCGGCGAGAUCAGCACUAAGGCCGUUGAGCGCGCCUGCGAACAGCUGCUCGGCUCCAUGCCCCUUCAAUCUUUUGCCAUCGUCGUCCGCACCGGCGAGAAAGGUUGCUACCUCGCACGCAACGGUGGCCGCAAGCGUAAAGUAGGGAACAGCAAACCGCGCCAGCGUACUAAGAAACCGUCUGCCUUUCUGCACGGCGGCCUGCAGCCGGACACCGACAUGGAGGCUCUAUUUGCGGGCCUACUCCAAGACCCCGAGGGAACUAUCGCCCGCGAGGAGAUCGAGGUCGAUCCGGGCGUCGAGCGCUGGAUCCCGGCCUACCACACCGACGCUUCGAAAGUCGUCGACCCUACCGGUGGCGGCAACACCUUCCUAGGCGGUCUAGCUGUCGCAUUAGCUCGCGGGAAGAGCCUCGAGGAGGCCGCUGCCUGGGGCAGCAUCGCAGCUAGCUUGGCUAUCGAGCAAGUCGGGACCCCGGUCUUAGGCAAGGAUGACGAGGGGAAUGAGACGUGGAAUGGGGUAAACGUACAAGAACGGUUCGAGGAGUUCAAGACGAGGUUGGCUUUUAGCGCUUUUAGUUAAGGGUAAGGUACGCCUGUUCAUUUAGUACCUACCUACCUCCUACUUGUGAAAUAAGACAAGACAAGACAAGAUAAGAACAGGAAUAAGGGGCUGGGGAUGUGAGUACAAUGCGAAUACGACAUAUAAAAGAACCCGAGAGAUACGGGCGGGCGGGCGCGGUACACGGUAUAGACUAUCAGCAACUGGUAACGGGGGUUCUUUCUGGUUUACGGUUUAGAACGGGUAACGAGUAUGAAAUUUGGUUCUUUUUUCUCUUCCCCCCCGAGACUUUGAACUAGGUACCUAUCUAGAUUAGAAAUGAGUAUCCAUGACUGCCUGAUUUUUUGUUGUCUACCUAGGUACCUAUAUAGUAGUCUUGAAUAAGUACAGUGCGGAUGCGUUGGAGAUGUUUUAUGAACGCCAUAGGUGGGUCGGAUGCCGGAUGUCUCUGAUAGAUGCCUGGACUAGAUAGCUAGGGCUGGCUGAACAGUUUACGCACUUCCUAUUCAUGCCUCCUCAUGGUUAUUUAGGCACCUAUCAUGUAGGCCUUAGGCAACAAGAAACAAGGUC